CGUUCGAAGUAAGACUCACGCCACCAGACUCAUCAUCGGUGCCAAUAGAAACUUCUCUUUGGUCAUCAAAACCAAUGAAAUUUUGACACUGAGUCUGCUGGGGCCCACCCACCAUAUUUGCCUUGUCCACCCACCUAACGGAACCACCUCCUCUCCCUCUCGCCUCUUCCCGCGAAAUUCCAAUUUCUAACCUGAAAUGGCGAGCACGGCGUCGUCGUCGUCGUCGGGGUUCAACGGUGAGACGGCGGUGGUCCUCCUCUUCAUCGCUCGCGUUUUAUUCUCUCUCCCUCUCUCUCUUCUCCUUCACGGCCUGGCUCUCUCGUUCCUCGCCCUCUCCGCCCUCUUCGUCGAGAUCACCGCCGACACCUCCCCUUCCCUCUCCCUUCUCAAGACCAGGCCUGGUGCUUCAUCAGGAAUACUUCUUGGGGCAGUAACACUUCCCGCGGUUAUGCUCUCAAAGUUGAUACAGCUGUCACGAGCAUUGUCAUUGCAUGAAGUUGCAACUGAGGAGCUUGAAUAUCUGACUAUGCAGUACUGGGCCUCAUCUGCUACCAGCUUGGGUGUGCUUGUAUUCCUCUACAUAGUUAUAUCACGUGCAACUGACAAUAUGGGGCCUCGUUCACGUAAUAGUUUGGAUGCUAAGCUUAGUUUAAGUGGUAUAGUCUUAUAUUCUGUGGUAUGCUCUGUGUCUCUUGCUACAACAUCACUUACUGGCUUUGAUACAGUAUUGAAGUUAUUAUGGGUGCUUUGUCAUGGAUUGGCAGCAGUGAAACUAAUCCAGCAUUCUCUUAAUACCUUUCCAUCUUGUGCUUCAAUUGGGGAAGCACUUUUGGUGACUGGGGGCCUUGUUCUUUAUUUUGGUGACAUGUUGGCAUGUACAAUUGUGAAGGUGAUUGGAUUCUUAAGUUCAUCUGAUUUGGUUUCUGUACAAUAUGGAAUCAAAAGAAGUGAAAUUGCUACAAUUAUUCAGGGGUUGCUACUAGGCCUUCUUCUUUUACCAAUGGUCUUUAAGUAUGUUGUUAAAGUAUGGGAACGCUCUUUAAGUAGAGCUUACUGUGAAGCAAGGACAUGCAACGAAAUAGGGAGAUCUCUUAUAUUCUUUGCAUCCCUUGGAUUUAUCUUGAUUGUGAUCAUCCCAUUGUGGAUGCAGUUUGUCCAGGAUUUCAAUUUACAUCCAUUGUUGUGGGUCAUGUCAUUUGUUUUUUCGGAACCACUUAAAAGACUAUCUUUAUGUAUCUAUUGGGUGUGUCUGAUAUAUGUGUCGGUUUUGCGGUUCUACAACAUUUCAAAGAAUAGUAAGAUUGAAAGGAUUCUCCUUCGAAAGUACUACCAUCUGAUGGCUGUUUCAAUGUUUGUGCCUGCCCUUAUCUUCCAGCCAAAGUUUCUUGAUCUAGCAUUUGGUGCAGCUUUGGCAAUUUUCUUGGCAUUAGAAAUUAUUCGAGUAUGGAGAAUUUGGCCUUUGGGACAACUUGUACAUCAAUUUAUGAACGCUUUUACAGACCAUCGUGAUUCUGAUCUUCUUAUUGUCAGCCAUUUCUCACUCUUAUUGGGUUGCGCACUUCCAAUUUGGAUGUCUUCUGGUUAUAAUGAUCGACCUCUCACCCCUUUUGCUGGAAUUUUAAGUCUCGGAAUUGGAGAUACAAUGGCAUCAAUGGUUGGCCACAAAUAUGGUGUUCUUAGGUGGAGCAAAACUGGCAAGAAAACUAUUGAAGGGACUGCAGCUGGUAUAACAUCUGUCCUGGCUGCUUGUUCAGUUCUGGUUCCACUUCUAGCAUCUACUGGAUAUAUUCUUAGCCAGCAUUGGUUAUCUCUUCUCCUAGCCGUGACCGUGAGUGGUUUGUUGGAAGCGUACACAGCACAACUUGACAAUGCUUUCAUACCAUUGGUGUUCUAUAGCCUUCUGUGUCUGUAAACGCAGCUCUAAUCUUACCAAGGUAUAUAGUGACUAAAACUUUCAUGAUUUGUAAUUAUGUGCUUUUUUUAGCAGUUUUGGUAGAUGUAGCUAGUCCACCAUUAGAGGAUUAAGGGGUGAUUUGUAUGUCAUAUUCUUUAUAGAUCGGGUUGGAUUCUGGAUUAGGUUUAGGAUUAACUAAGUUUCCAUACUGCAAUGGUAGUCUUUUUAAGCAUUCAUAUAAAGGGGUGAGCCUCCACAUGCUCAUUUAUGAAGUACAAGAGUAAUACCUUUUUUUAUUUAUUUUUUAUUUAUUUAUUUUAAUUUUAUUUUUAUUGAGGGAGAUAAUCACAUUGGAGCGACAAGGAAUAGAAAAUUAUUGGAAUUCCUUAAUGUAAUUUUUUUUUUUUUUUUUAUGAUAUAUUUUUGUCUCUGGCAAAUGAGUUUAUUUGUCUGUAAAAAUUUUGUUUCU